CCCCCCCCUUAUCUCUAUGAAUAGAAUAGAGCUUCUAGCUGCUUGCUUUGCUAGCCCGAAACACCUUGCUGUUUUUAGCUCUUUCUAGUUUUCUCAUCCCCACUGCAAUCUCCUGCUUUCUCCUUCUCCUUUUCACUCUCUUUUCCCAUCAAACAAACAAACUUCCCCUUCCCUUCCCUGCUUCUCUUUUUCAGUUUUUUUUUUCAUACACAUAUAUGAUGAUGAUGAUGAUGAUGAUGCUCAUGAAGAAGAAGACUUUGUAACAGUUCUCACAACAGCAUAUGUCAGAGCAGAAAUGAAGGCAUGGCAAACAGACAUGGCUUCUCUCUCUAUUUCGCCAAGCUCUAACUCAUCUUCCUCCGAAAGCUGUGGCACCAAGGCCUCUGAGAUGGACUACAACACUGGAAGAGCUUCCUGCAGCGGCGCUGAUCAUGGGAUUGGGGAAAAUAACAUUGAUCUGAAUGCCAGCUUAAGCGAAGAAGAUCAGAAGCCUAGCCCCGAAAGUGGCGGCUGCAGCGGCGCCCAGUCCAAGUUGUGUGCCCGAGGCCAUUGGAGGCCUGCGGAGGAUUCAAAGCUCAAGGAACUCGUUGCCCUUUACGGCCCUCAGAAUUGGAACCUUAUAGCCGAGAAGCUUGAAGGAAGAUCAGGCAAGAGCUGUAGAUUGAGGUGGUUCAACCAGUUGGACCCGAGGAUCAACAGAAAAGCAUUCAGCGAGGAAGAAGAGGAGAGGCUAAUGGCAGCACACAGGCUGUACGGCAACAAAUGGGCCUUGAUUGCAAGGCUUUUCCCCGGAAGAACCGAUAAUGCAGUGAAGAACCAUUGGCAUGUUAUAAUGGCCAGAAAGUAUCGAGAACAGUCCAGCGCCUACCGGAGGAGGAAGAUACAGGCUCAAUCUGCAGUAGUCAUCGCAAGAGCCGACCAAGAUCCACCCUUUAUCUACAAAGCAGAACCUCCACCGCCGUCGCCGCCAUUCUGCAUCAACCUCUCCGGCGGAGGGGGCCUUUGCAUCCCACCACCACCUCCUCCAUUUGCAGCUUCUUCUGGUUUUCUCCCUGGUCUUAAAAGCCAAGAGGAAGGGAUUUGCAGCAGCAGCAGCAGCAGCAGAAGAGCUUUGGGUUUGGAUAUAAGGCCAAGGGAAGAGCCAAGAACAGGAGGAAGAGUGUCUAAUUAUUUGUAUGGAUCCAACCAACCCCCAUUAAUCGCUGCAAUGCAACAGUCGCUUUUCCAUCAUCAUGACAAUACUACUUACUAUUACCCUUCUUCCUUCUUCUCCUCCUCUUCUGAUUCUCCAACGCCACAAGCUUCAGUUUCUGAGGCAGAAGACGCCAGUCCUUUUGACUCCAUUGCUCCUACCUUCAUAGACUUCCUCGGAGUAGGCGCUGCAUCAUGAUCAGAUCGAUCACCAAGAUACAAUUCAUUUCGGGCCAGCCGUCUCAUCUCUCUGACUCUUGUGUAAAACACUAUUUAGCUAAUUAAGAGAGGCAAAUCAAACGGAGGAGACAGAUCCAUCGUAGAGAAAAGAUCAGAAGAGUUUGUUUGAUUUUGCGACAGUUAAAAGAAUCGAUGAUGAUAAUUAACCCGUCUUCUUCUUCUGUCAUUAAUUUAUUAAUUUCCUUUUUGCGUGAAUUAUUUCCUUAUAUAUAUAUAUAUAAUUGGAGCAAACCCAGAUUGGGUUUUGCUCUAAUUAACUUGUUGGAUGAGAUUGAUUAUGAAGGCGGCAA